ACACCCAGUUCCCCCUGAUCCCUCCCUCGCGACUGCGGAAAUGCCUUCUGUGCCGCACCGCCUCUCUCCUUCGCUCAACCUCUGACUUCCGUUUCCGGUGUGAGCCGUGAGCGCGCGCGAGCGCAGCAGUGGGAGGCGGCGACCAGCCGGUAGAGAGACGCCUCACCACGAUGUGGCACGAGGCUCGGAAGCAUGAGCGGAAACUCCGAGGCAUGAUGGUGGAUUACAAGAAGAGGGCGGAGCGGCGCCGGGAGUACUAUGAGAAGAUUAAGAAAGAUCCUGCCCAGUUCCUGCAGGUGCAUGGCCGCGCCUGCAAGGUUCACCUGGAUUCUGCCGUUGCCCUGGCUGCUGAGAGCCCUGUGAACAUGAUGCCUUGGCAAGGGGACACCAACAACAUGAUUGACCGCUUUGAUGUUCGCGCACAUCUAGACCACAUCCCCGACUACACCCCCCCACUGCUCACCACCAUCUCCCCGGAGCAGGAGUCGGACGAACGGAAAUGUAACUACGAGCGGUACCGAGGCCUGGUGCAGAACGACUUCGCCGGCAUCUCUGAGGAACAGUGCUUGUAUCAGAUCUACAUUGAUGAACUGUAUGGAGGCCUCCAGAGACCCAGCGAGGAUGAGAAGAAGAAGCUGGCAGAGAAGAAGGCUUCCAUUGGCUAUACCUAUGAAGAUAGUACUGUGGCCGAGGUAGAGAAGGUGGCCGAGAAAACAGAGGAGGAGGAGUCACCAGCUGAGGAGGAGAGCAAUUCGGAUGAAGAUGAGGUCAUCCCCGACAUCGACGUGGAGGUGGAUGUGGAUGAGCUGAACCAGGAGCAGGUGGCUGAUCUCAAUAAGCAGGCCACAACCUAUGGCAUGGCUGAUGGAGACUUUGUCAGGAUGCUACGGAAAGACAAGGAGGAGGCAGAGGCCAUCAAACAUGCCAAGGCCCUGGAGGAGGAAAAAGCCAUGUACUCAGGCCGUCGUUCCCGGCGACAGCGAAGAGAGUUCAGAGAGAAGCGGCUGAGGGGCCGCAAGAUCAGCCCUCCCAGUUAUGCCCGCCGAGACAGCCCCACCUAUGACCCCUAUAAACGGUCACCUUCGGAAUCCAGCUCUGAGUCCCGCUCCCGCUCUCGCUCCCCGAGCCCAGGCCGCGAGGAAAAGAUCACUUUCAUCACCAGUUUUGGGGGCAGCGAUGAGGAGGCAGCUGCUGCGGCCGCCGCGGCUGCCGCAUCGGGAGCCACCCCCGGAAAGCCCCUUGCACCCCCCCAACCCGGCGGCCCCACUCCAGGCCGCAAUGCCAGUGCCCGCCGCCGCUCCUCCUCGUCCUCCGCCUCCAGGACGUCCAGCUCUCGCUCCAGUUCGCGCUCCAGCUCGCGCUCACGCCGUGGCUACUACCGGUCUGGCCGCCAUGCGCGCUCCCGCUCGCGUUCCUGGUCCCGCUCGCGCUCCCGCUCCCGGCGCUAUUCGCGCUCCCGCAGUCGCGGAAGGCGGCACUCCGAAGGCGGUUCCCGAGACGGACACCGCUACUCGCGCUCGCCAGCCCGGCGUGGCGGGUAUGCGCCUCGCCGCAGAAGCAGGAGCCGCUCCCGUUCAGGUGACCGCUAUAAGCGGGGUGCCAGAGGUCCCAGGCACCAUAGUAGCAGUCGUAGCCGCAGCAGCUGGUCCCUCAGCCCUUCCCGAAGCCGCAGCCUGACCCGUAGUGGAAGCCGAAGCCAGAGCCGGAGCAGAAGCCGCAGCCAGAGCCAGAGUCACUCGCCAUCGCCCCCAAGGGAGAAGCUGACCAGGCCAGCAGCGUCCCCUGCUGUGGGCGAGAAGCUGAAAAAGACCGAACCUGCCGCUGGUAAAGAGACAGGAGCUGCCAAACCCAAGCUGACCCCACAGGAGAGGCUGAAGCUGCGGAUGCAGAAGGCUCUGAAUCGCCAGUUCAAGGCGGAUAAGAAGGCUGCUCAGGAGAAGAUGAUACAGCAGGAGCAUGAGCGCCAGGAGCGCGAGGAUGAGCUGCGCGCCAUGGCCCGAAAGAUCAGAAUGAAGUUGCCUCCCCUCUCCCCCUGCAGGGAGCGAGAGCGACGAGAGAAGGAGAGAGAAGAGUGGGAACGCCAAUACAGCCGCCAGAGUCGUUCACCCUCUCCACGCUACAGUCGAGAGUACAGUUCUUCUCGAAGGCGCUCGAGGUCCAGGUCCCGAAGCCCCCAUUACAGGCAUUAGGCGGAGGACUGAGUGGGGGCUGCGAUGCCCUGGGUUUCUGUAGUGAAAUAAAAGCUAACAUUAUUUAA